AGUCGUGUCGUCGUCGGGCAUUCAGACCGAAACUAUGGGGGGCACAAAGAUUCUGUUGAUGCUCGCUCUGGCGGAAGCCCUGUGCCAGGUGAGCUCGGGCAUCGAAGCCUGGGUCACCCUUACCUACGUGCCGGCCUCUUUCGAGAUCAAACACGGACGCCGUCCUAGUGACAGCGACGAUGUGGUUGCCUGGGGAUCGUUCAAGAAUGCCAUCAACGAAACAGGGUUCGGCUACCUCGAGAUCUACACAAACGAGAAGUUACCGGACGAGUACCAGGCAUACGGGGCGGGAUUUCUGGAAGGCUACCUCACCAAGGACCUGAUUCGAAUGCAUUUCGAUAAUCAGUGGGCGGACUACUGCGUCAACGAGACGGCGUACUGCAAGAAGCUUUACAGCUUUUUCGAGGAGAACGUGCGUCACAUGAACGAACAGGCUGAGCAGUACCGGUCUACAAGCCCGUACUGGCAUCAGGUCGACCUGAUCCUCAAUCAGAUGGCAGGGUUGGACGACGCCCGGAGAGGCCACACUAAGUACUUUCCCAGUUGGUCGUACGUCAACGCCACAGACUUGCUGUUCCUGAAUGCGGACGGCGACUUGGAAGACCUCGAGGGCGCCCUGAAGCGCCGUGUCGGCCGCAAGGUCCUGGGCUCAGGCUCCUGCUCGGCGCUUGUUAAGGUGUUGCCCGGUAACAGGGACAUCUACUUCUCUCAAGUCACGUGGUCCACCUAUGCCAGCAUGCUCAGGAUACUCAAGAAGUACUCGCUGCGCUUCCACAAGACCUUCGAGUCGACCGAGCUGAUCCCGGGCCACACGCUCACAUUCUCCUCUGCACCAGGAAGGAUAUUCUCCGGCGAUGACUUCUACCUCAUCUCGUCCGGCCUGGCCACCAUGGAAACGACUAUCGGCAACGGCAAUCCCGACCUUUACCAGUACAUCACUCCUCAGACCAACUUGGAGUUCGUACGCAACAUCGUGGCCAACCGACUGGCAACCACGGGCAAGGAGUGGAGUGACCUGUUCGCAGAACACAACAGUGGCACCUACAACAACCAGUGGAUGGUGCUGGACUACAAGAAAUUCACGCCCAGACAGCCGUUGCCCGAUGGACUUCUCUACGUGCUGGAGCAACUACCUCACUACAUCAACAUCACCGACGCCACCCACGUCCUUCGGAACCAAUCUUACUGGCCCAGCUACAACGUACCUUCAUCCGAGUUUAUCUUCAACAUGAGCGGUAACCAGAAGCAGGUGGAAAAGUUCGGCGAUUGGUUCACGUACGACAAGACACCACGGGCGCUUAUCUUCAAGCGAGACCACGGCAACGUUCAAGACAUGGACUCAAUGAUCAAACUCAUGAGGUACAACGACUACAAGAACGACCCCCUGUCGCGCUGCAAUUGCACGCCUCCGUACAGCGCCGAAAACGCUAUUUCGGCACGUAGCGAUCUGAACCCUCCGGACGGCACGUAUCCCUUCGGAGCACUUGGACACCGAGCUCACGGCUCCACUGACAUGAAGCUAACCAACUCAAGCCUCUUCGCGAACCUGGAAUUCACGGCUGUCGGUGGGCCCACCUGGGACCAGGUGCCUCCUUUCCAGUGGAGCACAUCGGGACUCAAGGACCGUCACGAAGGACAACCGGACCUCUGGAAGUUCAAACCAUUCACUCAUCAGUGGCACUCAUCAAUCAGCGAGAACUGACCACUCAGGCAACGAGCACACAAGAG